GCCUUUCUCCUUCUCCUCCCGCUGCUGCCGCCGCCGUCGCAGCCGCUGCCAGGAAGCGUGACCCGGACAGCUGGGGCUGAGCCCGCGUGGCCGCGCCCUCUGGCUCGGGUUGGGGCAGAGGACUCGCCCCCGACCCUCCCACGGAGGGCCCCCCCCCCGGCUUUCUGGAGGCCCCGGGGCUUCCUAACAGCCCUGGACUGAGUCCCCUACAGUCUGGGACGCUCCCCUCGUCCUCUUAGGAGGAGUGGACAUCUGCCGCUCUAUUUCCCUAAAACCGGGGCUCCUCUCUGCCGUCUUCUCACACCCACACAGGCAGCCGAGGGCUGCACGAUCUCGUUUUGCCCUCUUUUCCAACUCUAGAACCUUCUGACCUCCGCUAGUUCCUUACCCCGUGCACGCUCACAGGGAGACAUCCCUCUGCCCCAUACAGCCUGGGCCUAGGUGGGUGCCUGCGGGGGGGGGCCCGUUCUUGACCACCCCUCCUCUCUCGUACCCCCUCACCCCCUGUCCUCUUCCCCCGGUCCCCUUGUCACCCCUGGGAGCCCCAUCCUAACCAGGGGCCAUGGAUACCCCCUACCCCAGGAUGUGAGCCCCUUUAACCUGUAAUGCUGUGGCUGGCCUUUGGCCCCUCCCAUGCCAUGGAGAACCAGGUGCUGGUGAUUCGCAUCAAGAUUCCAAAUAGGGGCGCAGUGGACUGGACAGUGAACUCCGGCCCGCAGUUACUCUUCAGGGAUGUACUGGAUGUGAUAGGCCAGGUUCUGCCUGAAGCAACCACCACAGCAUUUGAAUAUGAAGAUGAAGAUGGUGAUCGAAUUACUGUGAGAAGUGAUGAAGAAAUGAAGGCAAUGUUGUCAUAUUAUUAUUCCACAGUAAUGGAACAGCAAGUAAAUGGACAGUUAAUAGAGCCUCUGCAGAUAUUUCCAAGAGCCUGCAAGCCUCCUGGGGAACGGAACAUACAUGGCCUGAAGGUGAACACCAGGGCCGGACCCUCUCAACACAGCAGUCCAGCAAUCUCCGACGCACUUCCAAGCAACAGCUUAAAGAAGUCUUCUGCUGAACUGAAAAAAAUACUAGCCAAUGGUCAGAUGAAUGAACAAGACAUACGGUAUCGAGACACUCUUGGUCAUGGCAACGGAGGCACAGUGUACAAAGCAUAUCAUGUCCCAAGUGGGAAAAUACUAGCUGUAAAGGUCAUACUACUAGAUAUUACACUGGAACUUCAGAAGCAAAUUAUGUCUGAAUUGGAAAUCCUUUAUAAGUGUGAUUCAUCAUAUAUCAUAGGAUUUUAUGGUGCAUUUUUUGUAGAAAACAGGAUUUCAAUAUGUACAGAAUUCAUGGAUGGGGGAUCUUUGGAUGUCUAUAGAAAAAUUCCAGAGCAUGUCCUUGGAAGGAUUGCAGUAGCAGUUGUUAAAGGCCUUACCUAUUUGUGGAGUUUAAAGAUUUUACAUAGAGAUGUGAAGCCCUCCAAUAUGCUAGUAAACACAAGAGGACAGGUCAAGCUAUGUGAUUUUGGAGUUAGCACUCAGCUGGUGAAUUCUAUAGCCAAGACGUAUGUUGGAACAAAUGCUUAUAUGGCACCUGAAAGAAUUUCAGGGGAGCAGUAUGGAAUCCAUUCUGAUGUCUGGAGCUUAGGAAUCUCUUUCAUGGAGCUUGCUCUUGGGAGGUUUCCAUAUCCUCAGAUUCAGAAAAACCAGGGAUCUUUAAUGCCUCUCCAGCUUCUGCAGUGCAUUGUUGAUGAGGAUUCGCCCGUCCUUCCGGUUGGAGAGUUCUCCGAGCCAUUUGUACAUUUCAUCACUCAGUGCAUGCGAAAACAGCCCAAAGAAAGGCCAGCACCUGAGGAAUUGAUGGGCCACCCGUUCAUCGUGCAGUUCAAUGAUGGAAACGCCACCGUGGUGUCCAUGUGGGUGUGCAGGGCACUGGAGGAGAGGCGGAGCCAGCAUGGGCCCCCCUGAGGCCUCAGUGGGGUGCUGAAAGCCCAGGACUGGUCGCCAGGGGACACCCCCCCCCUCGCUGUCUGCAGAAGAGCUCCGCUGGGCCCGAGCGUCUCGCUCUCACCUUCAGGUCUGCGGCAGACGCCCUUGCCUAGGAGCCCGGGAGGCCAGCCCUGGCCAAGGAUGCCCUCCUGCCUCGUCUGGAGGCACCGAGGGAAGGGGAGAGGGGUGGCGGCAUCGGGAAUGGGGGCUCCUCUGCCCCACCCCUCUUCCUCUGUCCUAACGUUUAUAUCUGUAAA